UCCAUCCGUGUGCCAGCAUGGGGGGCCGGCGACCAGCGCGGUGAGCGGGGUUGGGGUUGUGGGCGCCCCGCGUCGGAGGGAUGGGGUCCCCCCAGGGGUAUCGAGCUUCGUGGUGGACGUUCCUCUUGCACCAGGCGCCGCACAUCAACUUCCAGUUUGAAGCCGUGGGGAGCGAAAUUGCCCCGGAGGACUGGGGGUACCAGCAGGCAUUGCUGUUUCUGGCUAGCGUCUCAGGCCUGUGCUUUGCCAUCAGCCUAGUUCUCAUCUGUGUCUACCUGAUCCGCUUCUGCUGCUGCAGCGAUGAAGAUGACGAGGAAAACAAGACGCAAAGGGUUUGCUGUGUCACCUGGAGCUGCGUGGCGGCUGUUAUCGUCUGCUGUGCUGGGAUUGGCAUCGGUUUCUAUGGAAACAGCGAGACCAACGAUGGGGUGUACCAGGUCACAUACUCGCUGCUGAACACCAACCACACACUAAGCUCCAUCGAUGCUCUGGUGUCUGAGACGGUGGAGCUGCUUUCGGCAACCGUGCGAGGGGAGCUGACCCAGCUGGAGGAGACGCUGUCCCCCCGAACCGAGCUGGUGGCCGUGGUGCGGAACACACGCCGCCAGGCAGAGGCAGUAGCGCAAACGCUGGAUGGCAUCCCUUUCUGGGGUGAGGCACGCAGCACGCCCAGCAUCCUAGCAGAACAAAUCGGCUACCUGGAAGAUUACAGGUGGCUGGCCUACAUUUUGCUGCUGCUGCUGGACCUCAUCAUCUGUCUCUUCACCUUGCUGGGGCUGGCGAAGCAGAUCAAGUGGCUGGUAAUCGUAAUGACUGUCAUGAGUUUCCUAGUCCUCAUCCUGAGCUGGGGCUCCAUGGGGCUGGAGACAGCAGCUGCUGUGGGACUGAGCGAUUUCUGCUUUGAGCCAGAUGGCUAUGUGAUGAACACAACCCAAGCCAGCACUGGACUCAGCCCAGAAAUCCUGCAGUACUACUUAACCUGCAGCCAAGAUGUCUUUAACCCUUUCCAGCAGAGGCUCACCAUGUGUCAGAGGGCACUGUCUAACAUACAUUCUCAGCUGUACGGAUUGGAAAGAGAAGCCAUCCCACAUUUCCCAGCAGCUGAGAAAAGCAUCUUAUCCAUCCAGAGCACAUUGAACAACACAGAAAGCAAAUUCCACAACCUUAUUGCUCUGCUCAACUGCCGGGGACUUCAUAAGGACUAUGUGGAUGCCCUGAAAGGGCUGUGCUACGAUGGCAUGGAAGGGCUGCUCUUCCUCCUCCUCUUCUCCUUCCUCUCUGCCCUUUCCUUCACCACUGCCGUCUGCAGUCUGCCCCGGGCGUGGAAGAGGUUCCAGAACAGGGACUCGGACUACGACGACAUGGAGGACGACGACCCUUUCACGCCCCAGGCACGUAGGCAGCCGACGGUGCGCGCGGGGGGGGCCGGGCCCACCCUGCCCGGCUCCUAUAGCCACUGUUCAAGCUGGGGCAGCCGUGGCAGCCUGCGCCUCUCAGCCCCCCCCAUUUCCAACGCCCCCGUCUCACAGUACAUGAGUCAAAGCGUUUCGUACAGUGGCAAUCCUCGAUUUGAGAGUGUCCCCCUCAUCGACCGCCAUUCCCCUCCCCCUUCGUAUUCUCCCAGCAUGAGAGCGUCUUACGUCGGUGCUAGCGAAGAAGUGGACCUUCCCUACCGGACCGGAUUCCUGCCCUAGAUGAACCCCAGAAGACCCCAACCCACCUCCAUGCCAUCCAACUAACACAGAGCAGAUCCCACCCCCCAAAACACACACCUCUUUCCAGAGCCGCAACUUGAGGCUAGUCAUGUCGCUGCGUCUUGUCUGCCCCCACACCCCCACCCCCUUUCACCUGGAUCUCUUCUUCACUCAUUUCAUUUGCCUGCCUUCUGUAAGAACGCAAGAGAAAAGGAGAGGGGAGCAGUUAUAUCUCAUUCACAUGCAUAUAUAUGGAUUUAUAUAUAUAUGAAUAUUAAUGUCCCAUAUGUCAAUAUGUGGGGCAUUAAUAGAAGCAGGAAUGAUGAGUGAGCAAAAGGCCAAGGAAAGGGGAUCAAAGGAGGAGAAUGUAAUAGAAAGAAGGAAAAAAAUGAAUCAGGACGGAGAGGCAGGACGAGGGUGAGCCAAGCCAAAGGCCAAAUGGGUGAAUAGGUACCUAAAUGGGGGUUUGUCCACACUAAGGCUCCCUCCGCUCCUGCCAGGCCCCUUCCAUGCCUUAGAGCCCUGCAUCCGAGCACCCUUGCCCCUGCUGUUUCCCCGCCCAGUCGGAGCAAACAGCAACCCGUGGGAAAGCCCAAAUUGCCCAGACUCUGAGCUUCUAAGCACCGACCUGUGCCUGGAAAGCACAGGCUAAAGUGUGGGCGAGCCCUGAGAGAAGGAAUGGCAGGAAACAGCGGGCGGUGUAGAUAGAUAGGUAAAAAUAGAGUGAACAAAUGGGCAUUUAUAUGCAAACGAGGGUGUGCAAAUGAGAGCCAGUAAAUGAGGGAAAGGAUGCAGGGGCUGAAGGGACGGAAAAAAGGGGUAGGCUGAAAGCGCAGAAGGACGAGGGAAGCUAAAGGUGGCAACCCAAGCUUGAGAUACGGGAACUGCUAAGCCACCCAGCGAGAGACUCUCAUCCCUGCUGCACCCUCUCACUGUGGGCACCCCAGACAGGUGGGGUGCACACUGCUGGGCCCCACAGGGAGAUCCAAGGAAAGAGGGGAGUCCAGUAGGGGCCCAGAACCAGCCCUGCUCCCCACCAGCCUCCUUGCUCCGAAUUAGAGCCCCCUCCCAACACUAACAAGCGUUUGGAAUUUGCCCAGUUUAAAAAUAAAAGGGAAAC